UCGUGAGGCGGAGCCGCGCGUCGGGUUCACGACCGGGCCAUGGCGGUAACGUCCGCUCGGCGGCCCUGGGGCCUGCUCUGCCUGGCGGUGGCUCCGCUGCUCAUCCCUGGGGCGGCCGGCUUGUCUUGUUGUUACCAUGCAAAGGACAACCUAAUGUGCCGUGAUGUCUGUGAACAGAUUUUGUCCUCUAAGAGUGAUUCCCGUUUGAAGCACUUACUACAGCGAGCACCAGAGUAUUGUCCAGAAUCAAUGGGAGAAGUAUGGGGUUGUAUAAAUUCUUCUUUGCCAGGAGUUUUGAAGAAGUCUGACGGGUGGGUUGGUUUAGGUUGCUGUGAGCUAGCUAUUGCUGUGGAAUGUCGGCAAGCAUGUAAGCAGGCUUCUGCAAAGAAUGAUAUUUUGAAGGUCUGCAGGAAGGAAUAUGAGAAUGCUCUCUUUAGUUGUAUUAACAGAAAUGAAAUGGGAUCAGUCUGUUGCAGUUAUGCAGGACAUCAUACAAACUGUCGGGAAUAUUGUCAAGCAAUUUUUCGGACAGACUCUUCUCCUGGUCCAUCACAAAUUAAAGCAGUUGAAAAUUAUUGUGCAUCAAUUAGCCCUCAGCUUAUACUCUGUGUGAACAACUAUACACAAUCAUAUCCAAUGAGAAAUCCUACGGAUAGUUUGUAUUGCUGUGAUAGAGCAGAAGACUAUGCAUGCCAGAGUGCUUGUAAAAGAAUUUUGAUGUCAAUGAAAACAGAGCUUGAAAUUGUUGAUGGACUUAUAGAAGGGUGUAAAACGAUGCCUCUCCCUCAAGAUCCACUUUGGCAAUGUUUUCUUGAAAGUUCAAGGUCUGUGCACCCAGGAGUCACUGUGCACCCUCCACCUUCAACAGGCCUCGAUGGAGCUAAGCUCCACUGCUGUUCUAAAGCAAAUUCUUCCAUGUGUAGAGAGCUCUGCACUAAACUUUACAGCACGAGCUGGGGCAAUUCACAGAGCUGGCAAGAAUUUGAUCGCUUUUGUGAGUAUAAUGCAGUUGAAGUUUCCAUGCUGACCUGUUUAGCAGAUGUGCGAGAGCCUUGUCAGCUGGGCUGUAGAAAUCUUACUUACUGCACUAAUUUUAAUAACAGACCAACAGAACUUUUUAGGAGCUGCAAUACUCAGUCAGACCAGGGAGCCAUGAAUGACAUGAAGCUGUGGGAAAAAGGGAGUAUCAAAAUGCCAUUUAUAAAUAUUCCUGUGCUUGAUAUUAAAAAAUGCCAACCAGAAAUGUGGAAGGCAAUUGCCUGCUCGCUGCAGAUUAAACCUUGCCACAGCAAAUCUAGGGGGAGUAUUAUCUGCAAAUCAGAUUGUGUGGAAAUUCUGAAGAAAUGUGGAGAUCAUAAUAAAUUCCCAGAAGGCCACUCAGCUGAAAGUAUUUGUGAACUGUUAUCUCCAACAGAUGACCUGGAGAACUGUAUCCCUUUGGAUACAUACCUGAGCCCAAGUACCUUAGGUAACAUUGUAGAAGAUGUUACACAUCCAUGUAAUCCUAAUCCAUGUACAGCAAAUCAGUUAUGUGAAGUAAAUAGGAAGGGAUGUCAGUCUGGAGAGCUGUGCCUUCCCUAUUUGUGUGUCCCAGGCUGCAAACUGGGAGAAGCCUCAGAUUUUAUUGUCCGUCAAGAUACACUCAUUCAGGUUCCAUCCUCAGCUGGUGAUGUUGGUUGUUACAAGAUUUGUACAUGUGGACUCAGUGGAUUGCUAGAAAACUGCAUGGAAGUGCAUUGUGUUGACCUCCAAAAAUCAUGCAUUGUUGGAGGACAAAGAAAAAGCCAUGGAACUUCCUUCAAUAUAGAUUGUAAUGUCUGUUCAUGUUUUGCUGGAAACUUGAUAUGUUCUACACGUCAGUGUCUAACUGAGCAUAGUUCAGAAGAUGAACGUCGGAAGUUUACAGGUUUGCCAUGCAACUGUGUUGAUCAGUUUGUACCAGUGUGUGGUCAGAACGGGCGCACGUAUCCAAGUGCGUGUAUAGCUCGUUGUGUUGGGCUGCAGGACAACCAGUUUGAGUUUGGAUCAUGCAUUUCCAAGGAUCCUUGUAACCCUAACCCUUGUAAUAAAAAUCAGAGGUGUAUACCAAAGAAACAAGUUUGUUUGACUAGUUUUGAAAAGUUCAAAUGUAGCCAGCAUGAAUGUGUGCCAAGGCAGUUAAAUUGUGACCAGACACGGGAUCCUGUUUGUGACACAGACAAUGUGGAAUACAGUAACUUGUGUGCUUUGUACCAGAAAGGGAAAAGUUUAGCAUACCGAGGACCAUGCCAGGCAUUCUGCAGGUCGGUGGAGCCUGUUUGCGGGCACAACGGGGAAACCUACAGCAGUGUCUGUGCUGCCUACGCCGACCGUGUGGCUGUUGACUACUACGGGCACUGCCAGGCCGUGGGGGUUCUCUCAGACUAUGGGUUUCACACUGAGUGUGCCUUUGUUAAGUGUCCCCAGCUUUCUGCUGCUGGCUGCAAACCUGUUAUUGCACCAGGAGCCUGCUGUCCACUAUGUGCUGGAAUGCUGAGAAUCUUAUACGACAAAGAUAAGCUGGAUACUUUUGCAAGGGUAACAAAUAAAAAGCCUAUAACAGUACUUGACAUACUUGAAAAAAUACGCCUGCAUGUCUCAGUGCCACAGUGUGAUGUGUUUGGGUACUUAAGCAUUGAAUCUGAAAUCGUGAUUCUCAUUAUUCCUGUGGAUCAGAACCCCAAACCAUUACAGAUUGAAGCCUGCAAUAAAGAAGCAGAAAACAUAGAGUCACUGAUAAACUCAGACAGUCCAACAUUAGCAUCACAUGUACCACUAUCAGCUCUGAUUGCAUCUCAAGUACAAGUUUCAUUUAGCAUUUCUUCUCCUUCUGUUAAAGUGGUGCCUGUCCUGCACUCCCUGCUCAUAAGCCUUUUAUUCACCCUGUCAGGAUUAAUAUAUUGCAUAUAACUGCUUAGGAAACACACAUGACUAUUGUGGUGUUCUGUAUUAUGAAGGACAUUCAGAAUUGUUGGUCACUGAACCAGAAAACAAAAAUUGGUCGAAGAUCUUAUUAACUUCUUUGAUGAAGAACUAUAAGUAUUUGGAAUAAUGUGAAAAGAUGAUUCUUUUAUUCAUUACUAGUCAGAUGACUGUUUCAGCACAAUUAAAUUGUUUUCCAUUGAUCUUGGACACAUAAAAAUAGUGUGGAAGGCUGUGACAUUAUGGAUUUAUGAUUUUUGCUUGAAGGGAUCUUACAGGGUUUUUUUCAGCAGUGAACAAGGUAGUGGAAUUUAUUGAAGAAUGUUGAUUUUAUAUUAUUCAGACACAUAUCAGUGAUAACGAAAAGCAAAUACCUACUUUAAACAUCAUUUUUGGAAGAAACAAAUUGCUGCUACUUAAUUACCUUACCAAAAAUUUAAGAGUUUCUUCUCAUGUAAAUAUGCUUUCAUGUUUCAUUAUGAAGAAAACUACCUAGCCCUGGGCCUAUUUCAGUAUUGAUCUUUACUUGGACUAGUGAAGAUUUGCAGGACAUUGGGUUCAAUGCUUGUAAAAUGACAAUCAAGCUCUGUACUAGUACCUGACUUCAGUGAAGAAAUAGUGAAGAAAUAUGUUCUUUUUACAUUUCAGAAUCUUGUAUUGAAUGCAAAAUUAUAAAGAAUCUUGGUAUCUAUAUUUAAGUGCCAUUUAAAAUAUUGCAGUAUUCGCAUGUUAUCUAAUGAAUUUUAUACUUUAAAUGUUUAUACAAACAGUAUGUUUUAUUACUUACUGUAUUUUAUGCACCUGACCUUAGUCUACAUGAAGCAUUUUAUAUCAGUAUUAUGAUAGCCAACUUCUGUAUAUUUACAGAAAUACUAUUUUUGCCACAAUGCUGAACUUUGGAAAAAAGCACUGAAAACUUUUUGAACAUGUAUGUUGUAGCAUGUUUGUAGCAGUUAUUUUCUGCUAAAUAUUCUAAAUGCAAGAGUAUUAAAGCUUUUUAUUUUAAUAAAA